CUUCCAUUUCGUGUCAUUUAUAUAAACUAGGAAUCUUCAUCAUUAUGUCAAAAAUCCGUUCAUUGAUCGAUUGCUCUCACGUUCGUGUAUUUGCUCAUCUCUUUUGCUUGCAACUUGGAAAAUUAAUGGCUUCCUUUCUUCACUACAAACAUAUUGUUUUGCAAAUAUUAGUUCUUAGCAUUGCUUGUUCAUGUUUGCAUGCAAGUGAACCUCCUUUGACAUUAGAUUACUACAAAUCCACCUGCCCAACUGUUCUUGAGAUUGUUAGGAAAGAAAUGGAAUGUGCAGUGCUGUCUGAUCCGCGUAACGCUGCCUUGAUUUUACGACUACAUUUUCACGAUUGCUUCGUCCAGGGUUGCGAUGGAUCGGUUUUGCUGGAAGAUACAAUCACGCUUAAAGGAGAGAAGAAAGCACCAGAAAAUAGAAAUGCUUUGAAAGGAUUCAGAAUCAUUGAUAGGAUCAAGAACCGGCUUGAAUAUGAGUGUCCCGAGAAGGUCUCUUGUGCUGAUAUUCUCACUAUUGCUGCAAGAGAUGCAGUUCUUCUGGUUGGUGGACCUUAUUGGGAUGUUCCCUUAGGCAGAAAGGACUCAAAAAAAGCAGGCUAUGAGCUUGUAGAAACAAAUCUUCCUAAAGCAAAUGACGGACUUCUAUCCAUCAUUUCGAAGUUUAUUCAUCAGGGUCUCUCCGUCACCGAUAUGGUAGCUCUUUCUGGUUCACAUACCAUUGGAAUGGCACGAUGUGUGAAUUUCAGAGAAAGAAUAUAUGGAGAUUUCACAGCAACUUCAGGAAUGAAUCCAGUUUCACAGAGUUACCUCAACAGUUUAAAAUCUGUUUGUUCAGCUGAUAGUAAAUCAAAUCAAAAUGAAUCAGCACUGGACCAUGUUACGCCAAAUCUUUUCGACAAUUCUUAUUAUGACAUUCUGUUAAGAGGAGAGGGACUGAUAAAUUCAGACCAGGAAUUGUAUUCCAGUGUUUUAGCCGUUCAAACGAAGAAACUAGUGGAGAAAUAUGCAGUAAACGCAAUUGCUUUCUUCGAGCAGUUCUCCAAAUCCAUGGUUAAAUUGGGAAAUAUAACAAACCCGGAAACUUAUGUCAAUGGAGAAGUUCGGAAGAAUUGCAGGUUUGUGAAUACAUAAGCAUUACAUACAUAUUACCAGACUGUUUAUGUCAAUAAGUAAGGCUAAAAAUUUGAGCCCUCUAUUGAUUCAUUUUGUAUUCAAAAGCGAAGACUUUAUGUAUGCGUUAAGCACACGGUUUUUAGCCGUUGUGAAGUGAUACUACAAAUCGAAAUACAAGUGUAUUAUUUCUUGUGUUC